CGCUCUCUCGUACGAAGGUAAAAGCCUAGCAGCUCUCCGGGCUGCUCUCCAUCCGGAAGAAUGGUUUCGAGAUAUGGCGUCUCGAAGGAUGGCGCAGUGGGUGUCGCCGUCGGUGCCUUAGGACCCAUGCAUUGUCUAUUGCCGCACUGUGGCGGUCCCCAUCAUCACCACCCUCUCACGGCGUCGCAUCCGCAAAAUCCCCAGCCGGGUCACAACCACCAUGUGCAUCCCGGCCAUCAACCGCCGCCACCACCGUCACCGAGUCCCCACCUCAAUCAACUGACGCAUCCCCAGCUCACCGUUAACAUCAGUCACCUCGGCCAUCACCAUCAUCAGCAUCAUCAGCAGCAACCGCAGCAGCAGCAACAGCCACCGCAGCAGCAACAGCAAACGCAAAUGCCGCCCCAAUACCGAGUCGCCGCGAAUAGAUCGGAGUUUCAUGGAAACUACAGUGCCCAGCCAGGGAGCCAGGUGGGUGGCAACGCCGCGAGUAAUGUAGGAGUACCUACGGGUAGAGGGCCCCCGCCGCUCGGCGGUAUACAGACGAUAGGACAAUCCGCAGCGGGUAUACCGCCAGGAGGUCCCGCUGGAGGACAAGCACCCUCGCAGGCGCCGACACCUGGAGUGCAGUCGCAACCGCCGCAAGGUCCAGCGCCUACUACGACACCACCUGUGCACACACCGUCGCCUCAGGAAAUGGGAAAACAGGCCCACUUACAGACGCAGCAACCGUCUUUACAGCAAGUUUACGUGCCGACGCAAAACAGACCGGCGUCUCAAGGCUAUUAUCAAACGGGUCCAAGGCCGCAACAACCGCGAGGUCUGAGUCACAGAGGUGGUCAAGGCGCCAGUGGAACACCAGUAGUCGGAAUGGCUGGGGUAGGUGGAGGCGGAGGACAACCGCCUGCUAUAUACUCUCAUCCGGCUGGUUUACCGGUGCAAGCAUCAAGUGCAAUGUAUUUAAGUCAAAGUCAAGUCCAUGGUCUUCACACGGGGCCUCAUCAACAAUCGGUGUAUCCCAUGAACAGUCAAAUACCGAUUCAUCAGUUUUCUGGUCCACCUCAAAGGCACCAGCCACAAAAUCAGUCGUAUUAUCAAACGUUUCAGGCCCCUCCACCAAUUUUGCCAAAUGUGUUCGCUGGAUAUGCUCACCCGCCCGCUCAGCACGGCUAUUUUUACGCAGCGUCAAACACAAUGAGUUUGACUAGGGCGAGUACAAGUGCGGUCAGCGGUGGUGCGCAACAUGUCGCAGGUCCGCUGGCCGGUACUCAAGGUGCUCCAGUUGUACCGCAAGGUACACUUCAGCAACCUACUCAACAAGCCCAACCCCUGCCUCCGAUGGGUAUACCUCUGUCACAGACUGAUGUAUAUUCGGGACAUAAUGGUGGUGUGACAAAUACUAACAGUACCACCAGGUCUCGAAAACCUAGAGGCCAAAAUGCCAUUUUGGAUAUAGUAAAUCCAUUAACGGGAAAAAAUAUAAGUGAUGAGAUUUAUAAGGAUAACGAAACUACACAGAGUGGUGAAUCUAGUAAUCGCGAGACGCCACAACCACAGAAUAACGGUGCGGAGGUGAUAGCCGAUUUCGCGGCUCGUGUCGCAAAAGCCGCGACCGAGGGAUCCGAGACGGUAUCGACGAGUGCGUCUGAAACAGCGCCUAAUACAAUACAAACAACGGCGCAAACGUCGUUAUCGAACAUUCAUACCAAUUCCGCUAAUGACACAAAUAAUCGGUGUAGCAGUAGUCCGCCUAUGGCAAAAAAUAUAGCUGGUGCUGGCGCUAGCAAAACGGUACCUACGAUAAAUAGUCAAUCAUCGUUAGGUACUUGUAGUAACGCAACGCAAAGCGACUCAAACGUAGCUAAAACAGAGUCGAAAGUGUUGCAACUCCCCGUGAAGGAGUUCCAACCGAGGAGUGAAAUAAAAAGUGUGGCGAUCGAGGAAUCGUCACCCGUCGUAUCCUCGGUGAUAGCCGUCGCGAAUAAAGAUACUAUUUCCGUACAGCUUACCGCGCCGAUUGUUAACACCGAAACAACGGCUGUGACAGCGACAGUGAUGGCCGAAGUUGAAUCAGAGACCGUCGGAACUACUGGCGCUGUAACUGCAACCGGAGUUGGAACUGCAAGCGUAACUGGAUCUGAGGCCACCAAGCAUCUCAACGCCUCGUCCAACGUAGUACAGACACCGGCUACCCCAUAUUGGAGUAAUGUUACCAUUACCCAGGAAAUCCCGAAACCGUCCGCCACUGCCUCGAGCGCCAAUCCCGUUCCUACUAGGGAGCCGUUCCCUAAUCUCGCGUCAAAAACUUCGUCGAAUUCGCCGCCGAGGAGGAAACCCAACGCUACCGAGCUGCCUUCGAAUACCAAAGAGCAAAAGGAGAGGAAGACCCGGGAGAAGAGUCUUGGUUCUCGCGGCGCCACUCCCACGCCCGUCGUUCACAAUCAAGCGGCGGAUCACCAUCAUCAGAAGACGAACGGUGACGCAGCCGGUGACAAAUCCGAAGCGGAGGUGGUGCAUCCUAGAAAUGAGAUACAGCAGAAACCAUCAGAUGGUAAAGCUAUGCAGAAACAAAAAAGCAAAAAUAAAGUAAAACUCCGCGAAUUGAAUCGCAAAGGCGCGGAGAAGGAAGGCACGGACAUGGAUGCCUUUGUAAAUACCGUAUCAACAGCGAAAACAGCGGAGAUCAAGCAAGACAACAAGGAGCAGCACGCACCCGCCCCGAAAGACAGUAAUAAAGAACCCAGUAGAGAGAUCAGCAAGGACAUCAAAGAAAAAGACAAUUAUGAGUCGAAGAAGGAGAAGGAGAUUUUGCCGGUUCACGUAAAAACCGAGAAACAUGUAUCCACGGAAGUGUCUAAGGACAGCACUCCCGCGCAACAGGCAUCUCACGUUGUAGAAAAGCCUCCGACUAGCAAGGAAUCUUCGACAAAGUCGGAGGAUAGUACGUUUAAUGCUCUUCCUGCGACAAAUCCAAAUGACGUCGUCGAUCACGCGGCGGUCAUCGAAGAGAUGCACUUGGAAGCAAUGGUCGCGCAGAAAAAUGAAGAAAACUUUAAGGUGUCGGCUCUUCAUGCGUCCAACGACGAAAAAGCGACGACGAUUCCAUCCGUGAAUACAGAGAAGAAGCAAGAAGUCGAGGUUUCCAGUGAUAGCGGUAAUGCCCCGGCUGAAAUCGCUGCACCUAGCGUUAAUAAGGCGGCUCCUCCAUUACUCAAGUAUUUGUACAAAGAGGGCCAGUGGAGUCCGGUCAACAUGACCGGAAGGAAGUCCUAUGAUCGGGAAUUCCUGUUACGUUUACAGUUUGAUCCUAACAGUAAACAAAAGCCAGCUAAUCUACCAAAUUUACAAGCUGUUUUGAAAGAUAGCUUACAGAAUACGCAUAAUACUAUGGACUUGAGGGCUUUUAAGGAUGCUAACAUUACUAGGCAUGAUUCGUUAAUGCCAGGAUUUGCAAAGGCAAAUAUAAGUACACGUCCGCCACCAACGAGUCGUAAGAGUGAGAGUCGGGGUAAACCAAAACCGAAUAAGCCAAAUGUAAUAACAUUUUCAUUGUCAUUAAGAGAGGACGUGAAGCUAAGGGAAACAGAAAAUGCAUGGAAACCGGCGAGAUUAAAGCAGAUUAAUCAAACUGAGGAAGAGGCAAAAACGGAAGCCCUUUAUAAAAGAGUACGAAGCGUAUUGAAUAAACUCACUCCGCAAAAGUUCAACACAUUAGUUGAACAGGUUCGAAGUUUACCGAUUGAUACGCAAGAACGUCUACAAGGAGUCAUUAAUCUCGUUUUUGAAAAAGCUGUCGACGAACCCAGCUUUUCCGUUGAGUAUGCAUUGUUGUGUAAAGAACUGGCCCAGAUGGAAGUUGCAGGCUACGAGGGUCAAGAUAGUUCCGUUAGCUUCAAGAAACUUAUUAUUACACGUUGCCAAAAAGAAUUCGAAAAGAAUCCAAUUGAUGAUGUCGCGAGAAACCGAAAGCUAAAAGAAAUUGACGAUUGUAAUGAUCCGGAGAAAAAGAAAGAACUCCAGUUGGCACUUGAAGAAGAGGAGCGUAGGAUACGAAUUAAAUCUGUAGGAAAUAUCAGAUUCAUUGGCGAGUUGUACAGACAGCAGAUUUUAACAACGAAAAUUAUGCACCGAUGUAUUCGUCAUCUACUAGACCAGAACGACGAAGAUAAUUUGGAAUGUUUAUGCAAACUGUUAACAACGAUUGGCAAAGAUUUGGAAUUGAAAGGACAGCAGGCUAAUACUGAUGAGAUGCAAGAAUACUUCAAUAGAAUGCAAGAGAUUGUUGCUCGAAAAGGCCACAGCAAAAUUAGUUCUAGGAUUCGUUUUAUGCUUCAAGAUGUUAUCGAUUUGAGAGCAAAUAAAUGGAUUCCUAGAAGGAAUGAUAACAAUCCGAAGACAAUAGAUCAAAUACAGAAGGAAGCGGAAUCGGAACGUCUUGAUAUGCAAGUGAACAGCGUUCCACUGAAUACCGCACGAAAAGACGAUCGUAACAACGAUCGGAAAAGAAAUCGUGGGCUAGGCGGUCCUACUGACGAUGGUUGGAGUCAACCAGUAGGAAGAGUAAGACCUGCCACGUAUUCAGUGGAAACGGCCAAGCUAAAAAAUAAACCGCCUCCAAUGGACGACAUGCAACUUGGCAACAGAGCAUCUUAUUUAUGGAGGGCUACUAACCCGUCGAAUAACUCCAAGACGAUAAGUUCCAACAAAUUUGCAUGCUUAGAAAAUAUGUCCAAUUUAGACCAGGACAAAAGGAUGCCGCCUUUACCGCUUUCUGGAUCACGAUCAACUGGUCCAAGAGAGUGCAGCCGGGAUUACAAGUAUGACGGUAGGAACUCCCGUAACGGCACUCAUCAGUCGAGUAGUGCUUCGAGCAGGGAGAGUCAUUCAUUACUUGAUAAUUCUCAAAGCCGGAAAGUCUCGAUGCUUCCGCCUGUAUUGAAGUCUGCCUCUCAGUCUGGGGCUAUAAGCCAUAAAGCUCCAAUGUCGGAACAAGAAUUUACAAAGGCUUAUAACUCCAUACUGAAACAUUAUAUGGAGGAGCCGAUUAUUGAAAAUACGGCAUUAGAGAUUCAACAGAAAUUUGAUAACGCUACAUUUGCCAAACUUACACGCGAGUGUAUUAAUCACGUUCUGGAAAAGUCGCCUAUUGAACGAGAACUAAUCUCGAAAUUGUUAUCCCAUUUGCUUAGGCAAAAUAUUCUGCCUAUGGAGUGUUUCAAGAAUGGAUUAGGAGAAGUGCUGGAAAUAGUAGAUGAUUUGGUUAUUGAUAUACCGAAAAUUUGGACUUAUAUAGCUGAAAUACUGUCACAUUCGAUAGAGGACGGAGCUAUCGCAUUAUCCGAAUUGGAGAGUAUAUGUAUAAGUUUGAGGAGGCAAGGCUUUGUAGGAAAAUUCCUUGGAGAACUUCUAAUGAAAGUAUCUCGUAACAAAGGACCUAAGUGGCUUGCCGACAAGUGGGACCAAAACAACCUACAACUACACACAUUAAUUGAUCCGGAACGAGAAAAUGCUGAGAAGAUUAUACAAGAAUACAACUUGGAGUUUCUGACUGGUGAUUAUAAUAGUGCCAAAGACUCCAUUGCUAUCGAGCAACUCUCGUUGGAGAAAAUUCAAGAAAAUCUCGUAAGGCUCAUGAAAGAAAAUACUUCUUUUGAUGAAAUUUGCAGUUGGAUAACUGCAAACGUUGGUGAUAGAGAGAAGGAUCCCAUGUUUAUAAGACAUUUGAUGACUGCCAUCUUAGAAACUACAUUAGAACGACAUCAUGGUACUUGGAAACUAAACCUAGAAUCUUUUGCUAGUUUGCAAACGUUGAUUCAACGGUUUGUCGACGCAGACGAAUUAUUAGAAUUGCAAUGCCUUUAUGCAAUUCAAAGAUACAUUAAGCUUAUCGAGUUUCCACCUGGUGCUCUUGUUUCCAUUAUGAAUCGAUUGUGGAUGGACAAUGUGAUAUCAAGCGACGCGUUCCUGACGUGGCAACAGAAACCGCCAGAAGGAGCUGAUGUCGAAGGCCAUAGCGUCUCACUCGUCACUCUUACGUCGUUUUUCACCGACUUACAAGAACCGGACGAUAAUUCCAGUGUCGAGGAAUUGUCAACUAGUGCGAAUCAGGGCUGUUGACGAUACUGUGAUCGAUUGCAUUAUCGUCUAUUAAAAAGACUUAAAUAUGCGUUUCCUCGUUGAAAGGAAAAUACAACGCCCGAAAUCAAAUUACUGUUGUGUUUUUUUUUCGUAAACAUUGAAAACGCAUGAACGCUUCAAGUAUUGAAGGAAA